GCCAUUUCAGAGCUGUCAAAUCGCGAAAACGCAGCAGCAGCAGCGCAUCAAGAUUUUUUUUCCUUUCCACUCGGUAAUUUUCGCUGUCGGUGCCGUGAAUCCUCCGGGACCGUUUUUCGCCAUGGGUCGUUCCCGCAGCCGCAGCCGGACGCCGAAGAAGCACAAGAGCAAACACCGGAAGCGCUCGAGCAAGUCGCGCUCGUCCUCCCACAGCAAGCACGAAUCGUCCUCCUCGCGGUACGACAAAUACAGCAGCAGCAAGGAGCGGAGCUCCAAGUCAAGGAAGCGCUCGCUGUCCGAGUCGUCCGACAGUGGCGGCAGCAGCGGGGAUGAGCGGCGGAGCCACCGGCACCGGCACCACCACAAAAGCAGCCACCACAAGAGCAGCCGCGCCGGCAGCCGGUCCAAGUCGUCGUCCAAGCACCGCAAGCUGACCGAGGUCGAGCGGCUCGCCGAGAUGGAGCGCCAGCGGAGGCAGAAGGAGGCGGAGCAGAAGAUGAUCGAGGAAGAGGCCGCCAAGCGGAUCGAGCUGCUCGUGAAGAAGCGCGUCGAGGAGGAGCUGGAAAAGCGCAAGGACGAAAUCGAAACCGAAGUGCAGCGGCGCGUCGAAGCCGCCAAAAAGCAGAUGGAGCAGGAAAUGAUGCUGGAGCUGGAGAAGCGGCGCGAACAGGCCCGCGAAGAAGAACGCCGCCGCGAGGAGGAAGAGCUCAAAAAGCGUCAGGAGCUCGAAAAUAUUAUCGCCGAAAACAAUCGGAAGAUCGAAGAGGCCCAGCGUAAACUGGCCGAAGACCGACUGGCGAUAAUAGAAGAGCAAAGAAAGAUGGACGAAGAGCGCCAAAAGAUGCGCAAAGAGCAGGAAAAGCGCGUCAAGGAAGAGCAAAAGAUUAUCCUGGGCAAGAACAAUUCGCGGCCCAAGCUCUCGUUCUCGCUGAAACCGUAAACCGUGGUGUGGGACAAAGUGUUAGUAGAGGGGGGGAACGAAACGGAACGGAAAGGUGGCAGUUUCUCUGGUGGAGGGUGGUUGAACUCUUUUGGGCUGUUGCUGGUGUCGGCGGGGGGCGAUGUGGGGCUGGAUCAGCAACGGCUGAAAACGUAGUGUUGUUUUUGUCUCUAUUUUAGUUUUCCUCUUUGUUUUGUACAGUGAAGCGCUAGUAGUAAAACUAAGAUCGAACGCAAAAUUGUGUCACACAAUUAACCACACUCAAACACACACACUCACACAAUUCUACUGCUACUACCAGACUAGGUUAGGAACUCGAAAAAAAAGAAUGUAACAAAUAUUGUGUAACGUGUCACGUAUCGUGACACACUUUGUGUGUGGCAAGACGGAACUCGAUUGCUUCCAUAGCAAAAACAGACGAUGUCGUGCGCGCAAUCGUGUAAAAAGUGAUGGAAAAGAUCCCGCCCCUCCUUCUUGUAACGUCUCUUUCUUUGUGAUAACGCUAUCGUUUAAGAGGGCAACUUUAUAUGAAAAAAAAACAAGACUGCAUCCACGAAAGAAUAUAAAAAAGCCAUGGCCAUUCUUAAACAAUAGCGCAAAUCGCAUUUAUUUAAUCCCAGGUCAAUGAAUUCUGUACAGAACCCCUAAUUUCUUUGGCGCGUCAAUUUCUCGCGUUUAGUCAUUGAGGAAUCAAACAAUUUAAUGUAGGACAGCCAAACUUAGGCUUGUGUCUCGUUGAAACUGAGAAAAACAAACAAUAUCGAAAUAAAGCAAACCGACGAAUCGUUUUUCGUUGACCGCCGCGAAGGCGGUCAAACCAAACCAUAAAACAAACAAACCCGUGUAAAGGAACUUACUUAAUACCAAUCUUAUAACCACAAUCGUUGCCGAUUUCAGUUGCAUGUAGAAAUUCUCUCUGUUGAUGCGUUACUUGCAAAAAAAAACUGUCGAAGAGAAGCGCAAAUUGUGCGUUUUCUUCCCACAAAAAAAAACAA